UGCCCAUCAAGCGCUUGCUUGCUAUGGCACUACGUAGAAGCAGGUGCGAGUGAGGAGGCCAAUUGCCUCGUGUACGAGCGGUGGUGAGGUGCUCCCUUUGCCCCGACCCUCCUCUAUCAGCGCCAACCCCCUUUCCCCGACGCCAGCACACCUAGCUGUUACGUACCCCGCUAAACACGAGAUAGGCGCCGCCGCAUCCAAGGGGCGAGUUGCGCUACCGGUGAAAGCAGUUAGCGGCACUGGCGCGCAUUCGGCCAACCCGAGUUUUCCUGCAUAGCCAAGCCACUAGUUUCGAGACCAUCUCAUUACUCUCUUGAGGUCAUCCUAUCGUAGCUUCUUCGGCAACAGCUCCCAAAGUAGCCGCAGACCUGCAUUUUAUGAACAUCCAUACCCAGUAGACUUCGUCGAGCUUUAAAAUGAGCCCACCGCGGUUAAUGUCAUCGCGCACAGACGCGCCUUCUCGCCUUGUUGACUGCGCGCUCCGCCUUCUACUAGUUUCCGCAUUCGUCCUCUGCGGGUCCCACGCGGCCUCUGUAGCGAGCCCCGGUCGACCCCGUGUUGUCCUCAUCCUGGUGGAUGGUGUGCGUUGGGACUAUCUGUCUGAACCGGACCUGCCAGGCUUCGGCGAACUGGCCAAGACGGGAGUGAAGGCCGAGUACGUGGUGCCCAUCAUGCCGGCCAACUCGUACCCCAAUUGGUACACUAUCGUCACUGGUCUGUACGGGGAGCAGCACGGUUUCGUGCAGAAUUACAUGUACGACGAUCAGUACGACGACUUCUUUAUGAUGGCGCCCCACCCGAAUGCGUCACACCCGCACUGGUGGAACCACGCGGAGCCAGUCUGGGUGACUGCCGAGAAAAACGGACUCCGCACCGGCAUGUACUGGUGGGACGGAUGCCAGGUCGAAAUACGAGGUUCCAAGCCGACCAAAUGCAUUCCUUACAGGGAUUACUGGCAGUGGCCUACAGUUGAAAACGACACUAAGUCUGCACUAUCUGAAAUAGUGGAAAAGUUUAAACAGAACACACUCGAUUUUGCGCUUGUUUACUACGAAGCCGUCGAUGCAGUAGGACAUGCCAGUGGUCCUGAUUCCAUGGAGCGAAGAGAAGCGCUCAAAAGUGCCGACAACGUCAUCAAGCACUUGCUUGACGAAGCGAGGAGGCAAAACAUACGCGAUCAGCUCAGCCUCAUCGUGGUGUCUGACCACGGCAUGACUGACACCAGACCGGGCAAGUUUGACCUGAUCGACAUUGAGCCGCACAUUGACGCCAACGACAUUCACUCCAUGCUCGAUGGUGGAUCGUUCGCUAUGCUUCGGCCACACCCGGACAAGAUAGAAAAGGUUUAUGCCAAGCUGAAAAGUUUGAACAUAAAGGGCCUGAACGUUUUUAAGAAAGAGGAGCUGCCUGAAUUGUACCACCUCAAGACUACUCACUUGACGCAACCCAUUGUGCUCACAGCAGAUCCUGGCUACCAGAUCAAGAAGCUUCAAGAGACAGACAAGCAGGUGCCUCGGUCAAAUAGGAUAUACAACGGGAACCAUGGCUAUGACCCCAUGAAGCUGGAGGACAUGCGCGCCAUCUUUUUAGCCACUGGUCCAGGACUAAAACAAGGCUUCCAGAACGAACCGGUGCGCAUGGUGGAUCACUACAACGUCAUCUGCCGACAGCUGGGCAUCAAGCCACUCGAGAACAGUGGUAGACUAGACAUUGUGCAGGGAAUGUUUGUUGGUGGAGCCAGCGGAAGCAGCACGGCCGUUUCACUCUCUCUACUGGUCGUCCCCAACAUCUUGCUGGCGGCGCGCAGUUACUUGUACCACUGAUGGUACACAGACCCACCGGUAUUAGUGAAAAGGAAUCACUUGGCCGCUGGCACAGUCAUUUGCCGUGACGUUCUAGAACUGUCUAAGCAGGCCCAUCGUAUAUACAUAUUCUUAAAUUUUAGUCGGCGUACUUAGCAUCUAGCACACAACGAGUUUUAAUUGAGUUUCAUCUCAUCGCAAUCGCAAUUAAAAAAAAAACUACGUACCUCUAGGCAGGGCAUAGAUAUUUUUUAAGUUUAGCUUUAAUUUAUUUUUCUCCCAACUCCACUUUGUUUUCCUAAUGUCUUGUUGAUCCUGCCAAGUUGGCCUGAACAAGCACCGAAAGAAACGCUAUAGGUUCGUAGAACAAUCACCGUUUCGAGUUUUCUGGCAUUUCUGUUAACAUAUUAGAGUCUUGUCGCCAGAUGAAUGUUUUCAUGCUUAACAAAGUUUAGAAUGAAACCGAACAGAGCUUCAAGCAGGAUGAAUUCAGGACGACGGACACGUCAUUUUCACUUCCUCCUUCCAGAAGUGCUGUUCGAGUGAGGUUCAAUAAAGUACGAACCAACCUUGUGAAGCAGGAUUUUGCAGUUCACAAGGUUGUAGGAGAGAUGUUAUUUGACGUACACCUUGAAUUUUAGUAAUAAUUUUCUACUGAGAAGCUCUCACUUCGUGUGCCAAAUCUUGAAACUUGAAAAACAGGUCACGUUGUUUCCACCACUAUGAAAGCGAAAAUAGAACCGACUUUUUGAAACUUCAUCCGAUUAGAUUGUUUUCUAUUCAUAGGCAAAUGUAGAAGGGGUGCAUAUGCUGCAUGACUGGUUUUUUUUUUUCUUUUUCAUGUGCAAUUCAGAAUAUUUUCGCUAGUGAUGUGCAUUCUCGCGCGGCCACUUCAACGCGAAACUAAAUGUAAAUGCCCGCAUGCAUCACAACUUUCCCGAGACUCGAGAGAGAUUUUAUGGUUGUUGCUUUUUUAGAAUGGUGCGCUGUUAAUUCCUCACCGAUGCUGGCUUCUUCCCUUAUCAGAUUAGAUUCACCUCCGUUAAUUUUUUCGAUUAAAUCUUCAAGAAUAAUGCACGAGCGAUUGUGAUCUUUGUUCUCUGUAAUGUUCAUUGGUCGGUAUAGUAGCGCUAUCAUCGGUCAUGAAUUUUCGGGUGUAAUAUUAGAAUAUUAGGCGCCUUGCUCUGAUGAUAAAACUUCAUAAAUUACAAUGAUUGAUGGAAUCAUUGGUCGUACUUUUUUUUUGCGUGCUGCACAUCAAAAUGAACCUCUGAACGUGUUGACACAAUACAAAUUCAGUGUGUAAAUUCUUAAAUCGAAGAGAAGUUUGGCUGUGUUCUCUUAUGACUCUUUGUGGCUUUCCGAGCAUCAUUAUAAUAAGCCGUUGUUUGAGAAAGGAAGCACAAGGUUUUGAACUGAAAUUUACUGAAGUGUGUGGUGUGUGUGUGUGUGUUUCAAAUAAAACUUA